GCAUCUCUUGAUAUCGAUUAAAGACACGUAAAGGCAACAAAAAUACGGAAUCACUCCCGGAGUAAACUAUCAAAUUUAUGAAUUAAAUUCAAAUAAAUAUAAAACCAGAAACAAUGGACGCUGGCGUGUGGUACCGCUCGCUGCCCCGAUUCACCAGAUACUGGUUGACGGCCACCGUGGUGUUGAGUAUGCUGUGCCGCUUUGAUGUUAUACCCCUAUAUUGGUUGCAUCUGGACCGAUCGGCGGUCUUUGGCAAGUUGCAGCUAUGGCGCUGUGUGACGUCACUGUUUGUGUUCCCAAUCUCUUCAAAUACGGCCUUCCACUUCCUAAUCAACUGUUUCUUCAUCGUGCAAUACAGCUCAAAACUGGAGAAAGAUCAGUACAGCCGAAGUCCAGCGGACUAUCUAUACCUCUUGAUCGUAUCGGCUGUGCUAGCCAACAUUGGAGGAAUGAUCUUUAAUGUUUACUUCCUAAUGGACAUGCUUGUCCUGGCAAUUACCUAUAUUUGGUGUCAACUGAACAAAGAUGUCACUGUGAGCUUUUGGUUUGGUACCAGAUUCAAGGCUAUGUACCUACCCUGGGUUCUGGCCGCCUUUGAGUUCAUUUUCCAUUUCUCUCUAGCCUCGCUGGUGGGAAUCUUUGUCGGUCAUGUCUACUACUUCUUUAAGUUCCAGUACUCCCAGGACCUGGGUGGCGUUGCCCUGCUGGAAACCCCUCAGUUUCUGAAGCGCCUUGUUCCGGAUAUUUCCGGUGGAUUUGGUGGCUUUGGAGUCCCACCUGAAAGCAGAGCACCACCACGACAGGCUGCUGAAAGUCCUUGGGGCCGGGGCAUGACCUUGGGUCGGAACUAGACCCUUAACUGAUCCUCGAAACUAGUCUAAUUCCCUUUUUACAGUUUGGAUUUCUAUUUUUCUUAACCAAACUCUUAUACAAGAAAUCAUAUAUUUUUCAAACUAUUUUUCAAUUACCACUCGAUUCUCUGGCAACAGCAAUAAGUUAACAAGUUAAGUGGCAGGAUUGCAUUGUGCAUUAAUGAAAUUAUAUUGAUAUAUGUUUGUACAUAUAUAACCAUUAAAAAAGACAAAACUAA